AUGACUGGGGAAGAGGACGAAAAGCUCAGGGCGGAAUGCACGCUCGCUGGAGUCCAGCUGACACCGAAGGGGAGGGUCGUCUUAAGCCAAAGGCCGCACCCUUUGCAUUACCACCAGUUAUCCGAUACGCAUCUCGAAAAAAUGUGGAUCUAUUCCCUCGGUGUAACCGUUCGCGGUGUCGUCAGUUGGACGGAGGCCUCUCCAGGGCUUCGGACAAUCCUUUCAAGAAUGCUUUCACCCGAUCUUCACUCACGAGCUUCACUUAUGGAUCUCCUAGACGUUAUUUCCGCAUACUGCAGAGGUAGAAAGCACACGAAGCCGCUCUCUCACGUCGUUAUGGAUAUGUAUUCUCAGACGGUGGGCCAUACAAAUAUCGAUACCAAAACAAGCCCAAGGGUUAGCAAUGGCCCAUCUGCAAAUGGCUCUGUUUUGUCCACUCCAAAAUCCGAGAAAACGAUUUCACCACAAGUUAAACCAAAUCAGGAUAAUGAUGUUACCACUACAUUCUACUCCAAGCCUAUUAAUGGGACAAAAUACUGUGGGCCAAACACUUUCAUCGGGCCGGAAUUCAUCAUCAGGGCCUCAGACCCGACCGGAUUAGUACAUAUCGGAGAUAUAAAGGCUGCAUCUAAGAGGAAAGUUCUUGUUGUACUUUUAAAUGGGCAGAUACUUGAAAUAACAUGUGAUCCGUCUAAAACUACAUUUGCUGAUAUUUUUCAGAUUGUGACUUCAAGGGAAGGCUUAGAUCAUAGUGUUACUCUUGGAUUGGCCUGUCUGGUGUCCGAUGACUUUGUCUUUCCCCCAGCUGAGUUUAAAUUAUCCAAAGUAGCCCCUGUAAAUUGGUCAAAAUCUAGAUCUCAACCUCCCCCUUUUGUAGUAUAUCUUAGGUUUAGACUCUACCUGCCAUCGUUGAGGGGAUCUAGGUCAUGGAAAUGGAAGCAUUUGCUUUAUCUCCAGCUACGGAAAAGCCUUUUGGAUCGACAUCUCAGGGCAGAGAAACAACAACUCCUGACUUUGGCUGGGUUGGCUCUGCAGGCUGAAUUCGGUGAUUAUUCACCAUCGGCGAAUGGCGAUAAAUAUUUUCUUCUUGAGCACUACAUGCCUGAGGGAGAAGGAACUGAGUUGGAGCUGGAGACUCUGCACAAACAGAGAUCAGGUCUCGAUCCUGGAAGAGCAGAAGAAAUGUUUAUAUCUCUCGCCAUGACCUUCACCGAGUAUGGAACGCACUAUUUGACAUCUCAUUUGGUGAACAAGGAAGGUUCUACGACUGAAAUGUGGGUUGGAGUGAACUCCAAAGGGGUGAUACUCUGUUACAAAAGAGACUUUACUAUUAGCAUGGUCAGAAAGAGCCACUACGUAUUCAACUGGCCUGAUAUCAAAAAGCUGUCUUACUCUAAACAUAUCUUUGAAAUUGUAUCUGCCGAUUCAAAAUACAAGCUUAAAUUGGAUUCAAAUAAGAGUUUAUAUUUAUUUCGAAUGGCAUGGCUGCACCAUAAAUUUUUUAUGAAGUUGACUAAUGAGUACACCACGCUGCAAAGUCUUGCUGAAGAAUUUGGCCAAAAAGGGAAAGAGUUGAGCAAAAGUGUGUUACAUGUUUCUCCAGAGGGUAAGAGAACUGAACUGAGCGCGUUGAGAAGAGCAGCAAGCCUUUUAAGUCCGGAUCGCGCCAUAUUCAGAGGCAAGACUACAGCUCAUUGCGGAAAGAGCAACAGGAGUGAAAGCUGCAGAGAAACUAGAGUAUCGACACCACAAUCAGGUCAUACUCCACUGCUUAGAGGCUCUCCAAUAAAUUACAGAACACCCACCAUGUCCCAUGAUGAUCUGACAUCAAGAGGUACUUGUGCGAGAAGAAGGGUGCUAAUGGGAACUCGGGCAAUUUAUACAAGUUCUCACCAUGAUGUUCGAGCUGCUUCCCAACUGGAAUUUGAUCCUACUCCUUCACCACUUCCAGAAGCUUAUGUUUUAAACACUAAUAUUAAGUCCGAUGAUGAUAAAUGUAUGACUGACUUUUAUGAAACAAUAAGUGAAUCACUUGCAGAGAAGUUCAGUAAAGGAGAAUUUAUAAAUGAUAGAGUCAUAACUACAGUCAGAAUUAAUAGGGGUACUGAUGGGAGCUUAGGUUUAAAAGUUGUUGAGGGCAGAGAUGGCCAUGCCUACAUAAUCUCAACAAAGAAGGGUACACCAGCUUAUGAGUGCGGCUGGAUUCACUCGGGAGACCAAAUACAAGGUGUCGAUGGGCACAACGUUCUGAAUCUCCCUUACAAGCAGGUCCUCCAGAAAGUACUGAAAGCUGGGGAUUCUGUCGAGCUUAUUCUAUCCCAGAUAAACAACGGCCAGAGGACACCGCCAAUCAGUAGUAAUGCACCGUAUGCCAAUAAAGUCACCGACACGACAGGCUUUGAUUUGAUGAGUGUGCUUCAGAAACCGAUUGAAGAAUCAUAUUUCAACGCAAUAAGAUAUCAGACUGCGACUGAAUCAGAGGAAAACAUGAUAAUUACUGAAUUGCCAAGGCCACUUUCUUAUCUAUAAUUUUAAACUGUUGAUGAAGAAAAAUUAGUUCCUGUCCUAAAACCAAGAAAGAAAAGCAAUUUUAUAAUGAAAACAAAAAAAGUGAAUUUAUACAAUAGUG